GACUUUUCAAAAGUCUAUUAAACUUUUUCGUGAUCCACAUGUUUCUGCUUUACAUGUGAUUUAAUUCUAUACGGAAUGGUGCUAAUCGUGAAUAAUCCUACUAUUUCACCAAAAACUUCCACUGUUCUAUCAGUAAAAGAUCCCAUUUGUACUACUGGAGGAUGUGUAGGUUCUUCUGAAGAUAAGAUUGCCAUUCCGACAACCGAAAAAUUAUAUAUUUUGAAUUUUUCUUUUUCACUUCAUGACGACCAUUCUAAGAAGAUAGCAAUUGCUCAAGAAGUUGACUUUGUUUCUCGUGGUUCUUUAAGGAUUGAACUUGAUAAUGAUUGUGUGUUAAAAGGAUCUGAAGUCGACCAUGAAGUCAAAUCCUCCCUCAAAGAAAACGUAAACAGAUCUGUUCUCUUUCCUUAUGAACAAAUGAAUCGAGACAUCUUAAAUCUCAAGAAUGGAGCUCGGUUAGUUUCCUGGAGUCCAAGAGGAGUUGAUAAAUAUGAAAGGUGUAUAAUGAGUUUAACAACGAUGGAAAAUCGGUCAGUUUUGUGCACACUUAAAGGAACUGAAUCUUGGGAAGAAUCAGUCGAUCUAUCGUUAAUUUGGCAGCAAUACUAUGUUGAACAUGGUAGGAUCGCGCAAAGUCGAAAGGUGCUUGUUGAUAGUCGACCACAGUUUAUUUUCCAACCUACUGAAUGUAAUAAUAUUCCAUCAUUAAUAUGUAAAAAUAUCGUGGAUUAUUUCGAUGCAAUAGAAGAUGUUGUAGUUGUUUACACAAGUUGGUGUCAGAUAAUUCGACAACCUCAAAUAAAAUCCACUAAUUCAAUGAAUUUGAAAACUGCACCUUGCGUAAACAAUAACAGGUCCUAUUUUGUGAUACCAGUUGACCCAACUCAACUUGUCACUGAAUCAUUUUCAUUAUGCCCAGUGACAUUUUUGGCAGUCUUAAUGAAAUCCGGUGCAUUCUCUAUAUGGAUGGUUUCAGUACCAUUUUCUGGAGUGUCAUCAAUGUCAUUGUUGUGGGUAGAUUAUACAUACACUGUCGUGCGCAGCGAUUCGAUGGAUAAACACCCAAACUAUAUCAAACUUUAUGAUUUGGAUAGUCUCAAUCUCUUACUUGUUUUAGGUUUUACUGAUGGUUCAGUGAAAGGUUUAGUGUUUCCUAUUGAAUAUUCUCCAACUGGUAUUCUGGUAUUAACAGUACCUUAUUUAUUCAAUCUAUGGACAACUUCAUUGUAUCAUGUAACCAUUUUAGCAUCAGCCUGGUUAAUGUCUCGUCGUUUAUUAUGUAUUGGCUAUGGUCGUCAUUUGUUAUUAUUUCAUAUAGCUAAGGAAGAUUUAGAGAUUUGUUUCGAACAACAGAACCGGCACCAAGAACAACCAAGUAGCCUAUCAACACCAUGUCGUGGACGAGAUCCAUUGUAUUUGGUUAAAAGUCAAUUUGUUAGUCAACCAAAUCCUAUUCUAGGCUAUAUUACUGGUAUACAUUUGGACAAUGAACAGUUAUUACUGACUAGUGUGGAUGGUUACUUAAUGCGCACCAGUCUUGAUGAAGUGUCUGAAUGUAAGUUGAAUUGGCAAGUUAUUUGGUGUAGUUCUAAUUACGAUAAAUCUGAUGUAAUCCAUUGGGAAUUUCAUGGAUUAUCAGUUUCAACGAAUGGAGUUUAUAUAUGUUUUCUUGAAAAACCAUGCAAUUAUUUGGAUAAUAAUCGUGCACGACGCAGUGCUCUACUUUCACCUAGAGUCCAUUUUUUAUCGUUUUGGUCAAAUGAUAUUUUACAAGAAAUUAUAUUCAACCCUGAAUUACCUUUAAAUCGUAAAGUUGAUUGUUUACAAGAGUUGCUACAAAGAUGGCAUUCACCAAACGACAAAACUGAUAAUUUAUCUAGUAAUACAACAGAUUUACGACAGAUAUGUUUAGAGAAAAUUGAUUUUCAUCAGGCUUGUCUCAGUGAUUCUUCGUUUCCUCAUAGUUGGUUGGAUAAACCACUUACAACGCUUCAAAUUUACAGGUUUAUUCUGUGUAUGCUCAACAAAGACACUGAUGAAUCCAUCAAAUCUCGUGCACAACUUUGGCUGACUAAUUUAGAUAAUUUUAUCCAACAACGUCAUUUGGAACGAUGUUUUCGUUUAUUUCUUAAAUGUUCUGUACAAAGACAAGCACGUGAUUGUUUAUUAGUUUCACAAAUGGCCACAUUAACUUUAAAUAUUUUCCGAUCAAUGUCACAAACAUUAACUAAUACACCUAGCACUACGACAACGACCACCACCGCCGCCACCACCUCUACCACCAUUGAUGCUGUAUCUAGUUGUAUAUCUAAUAAAAAUGAAGAUGAUACAAUGAUUAUCAAUGGAACUUCAAAUAAAUAUAUAUGUUUUGUCAAAGAUUUACCUCAAUUAGCUAAAAAUGUUCACCGAUUAGCUGUACAACUCUAUGUGCAUCGUUUUAAAUUUCCAUAUGAAAAUAUCAUCAAUCAAUUACAGAAAUGUCCAAUAUGCUCAGAAAAUGUCAUUCCGGACCUAACUUAUUUGAAUUGCUCUCAAAAUCAUCCAUUUGAGCGUUGCAUGCAAUCUCUGGAACCUUGCAUUGAUCCUAUGUUUCGUCAUUGCAGUCAGUGUAAUCGUGUAGCUCUUAGCGUAUCUCCUCAAGGUAUGAUGUAGAAUUGUGUGAUUUUUGAGGAUUAUUAUCAUCACUCUUCAUGUUAUUUCAUAAGUUUCAAUGUAGUUAGAAUCUAUUUGAAUAAAUACUCAUAUCCUAAUUUUUACAUCACUAAAUAAUUGAUUGACAUAGUGAAUAGUAAACUGUUACGGCAUGAAAUCUAGUUUAAAUACUAACUGAUGUUUUGCUACAUCAAUGAUGUUCACAGUGAAAGUUGUAAUAAGCCUGUUUUUGUCAUCUGCAUUUCUGCAUAAGCGACAUCUCUUUUUCUUCGAUCAUUUAUGCAUUUUUUAGUUUUAUAUCAGUAUAAGAUUAUUCAUGUUAGUUAUUAACAAAUGCUGAGUAGAUUUGCAUUCAUAAUCGUUGUACCGUGAAUGAUCUUUAACUUACUGUUUGUAUCCUCGUAAAAUGAUUAUAUUAUUUUGGUUUAAAAUAUCAGGCGAUAUAUGAAAUGAGAUGGGCUUAGGGUACUACUCAAUUGCUGCAUUCUAAAACACCUCAUAGAACGAAUAUAUCUGGAUUAUCAUAAUAAACUUUGAGCCAUCUCAUUGUUUUCAUCUGACCAUUGAUUCUAACUACCUCAUAGGUCUCAAUAACAGAACGUACACUUUCGUACUCAAUGUGAACUUCUGGUAAAAUAUAAAAACUUUGAUUCUGAUCGGAAAUUCCAAGUAGACUACCAAUUCACAUACUAUAGUUCCCUUUCCGAUCAAUACAUUUCGAGUAAAGCCGUUUAUUGACAUCCUGCCGUAUACUGAUGGAAGGUUUUGAUUCAAAUUUAUCAGAUUUGUAUUUGACAAAUGUUCAUAAUUUAGCAGACAUGGAGUUCUUUUUGCCUAUAAUAAUCAAAGUGUUUAAUUAAACUGACUCAGUAUUAUUUUGUGUACUUGCAUAAAAAUGGAAAAUACACUCAUAAACACUUGGUUCUCUGGAACAUAUCUCGAAAUAAAUCGGUAUGAAGAAAAUAAAUACAAAGUCUCCGUCUUAUAGAACGACUAGUACUGUACACAUCCCUUCCAUCUGUAAUACUAAACUGAUAUUGAGUUUCACGGACAUGUGUAGUUUGCUAGUGUUUGUUUAUAAAUUUCUUUGAUAUUUUUUCUCGUAUAUGCUGGGACCGUUAUGUGAAUAACACUGAAAAUAGACGUCGAAUAAUAUGAUAAUCGUAAAUUAUUUAAUCAAUCCUUCAACGUCCAUCUUCUAAUAUCGUUUAGACAGUGUUACUGAUGCUCAGCCACCACCUACUUUGAUGUACAGUUGUAGCUGUGGUUCCAAUAGAUCGGGAGAAGGCUAUAUGCAACCGAAUCAAAACAUAUUAUCAAUCUGUGAAUUAUUUAAAUAUUCAACACAAGUGUUUCAGGAAUUGUAGACAAUGGGAUUAUUUCCCACGUAAUAAUCAUAAUCCAUUGUUAAUUCUUUCUUUGGUAUUCAAUACUGAAUUUUCAUCCGUCUUUCUUGGCAUAUGUACAUCAUGAGGGGAUUUCCUCUAUAUGACAAUUCGCCAUAAGUUUUAGUAUAUUUGAAUUUUGGCUAGAAGUGGCUAGCACUAAUAUGAGUAAACGUUGCACGUGUUGAUAAAGCGAUUAGUUAUCUGGACUAAUUAGCAUAAUGGAGAAUGCGUUUGCAUUUGUAGUGUUAGAUUUUGUUUUUCGGUCAUAGUGUGGAUAUUAAUACAAGGAUGGUGGUACAUCCAGUUGAUGAUCUUCGAAAUGGACGAAACGCGCGUUACUGAUCCCACUGCUGGUCUGUAAUCCAAAUAUAAUUAUCUAUAGAUCGCAUUGUUUCUAUUUUACCGUUGAAUCAUCGGUUUAGCUAUUGUUAUUUUUAUUCUUCAAACCAUUUGUCAUUAGAUCGUUUAUCCGCUUGGCGUUCAAUGAUACUUCAUCCAAUGUGUAUAUAUUGUGAUUUACCAUUGACAUGGAAAGAAUUUUAAUGCUUAUUUUAUCAUGAUUUUUAUUCCUUGCAUAUACCGACAAGAUCCUUAUGUUUUAUUUCAUCUAUAUAUAAAUGUCCAUUUCAAAUUCGAUUUUUAUUCUGUAUUAUCUAAUGUAAAUUGUAAUAAUGAUGUUAGUACUU